AUUCUUUCUGAAACCGGAAGAAGUAGUUGCAGGCCACCAACAAAUGGAUACCCAUAACACGUGAAGAUAAUUGUAGUCACCAGUAUUUCUGUUGUCAGAUUGCUUUUGUUACGUUAAAGUUACAAAUGCAAACCAUGAGUCCUCUGAAACGAUCUGCGGAUUCCUCCUCCCUCGAAGUGCGGUUCAUUGGAGAUGGCGAUGUAUUAAACCACAUAGUAGAGAAGCAUGGAGGUCCAAAGACAACAUCAUCCUCUGUGCAAACUUUGGUGACUGUGAAAGGCUCCAAGAAGAAGCUCACUGAUGAAGAGGAUGAUGAAGAAGAGGAGGAGGAAGACUUUAAUGAACAGGACUAUGUGGAUGCCCUAGGCACAGGGACCGAAGAAGGAGCUGAGAAUGGGUCCACAGGCACAUCUGGCGCUAACGUCUUCACUUUUCACUCGCUCAAACGCAAGAACAAGAUGGCACAGAUGGCGUCCGAGUGGGCUCGCACUCCAGCGAAGAGCGUCAACUUCAGCGUCUCAGAUUCCCCAGAGAAGGCAGACGGCAAGAGGGCUGCCACUCAAAACAAGACUCCACAAAAGGGGAAGAAGGUGCAGUUUGUCUCCACUACUCCCCAUAGGCUGAGAAAGAGAUUAUCAGCACCCAACCUGAAGUCGGACAGCGACAGUGAUCUCUCCGCAUCCAACUCGGAGGAUGAUGAAGAGGGUGAGGAAGACGAGGUUGCUGGACGAGAGAAAAAUGGUACGGCUGAGGUCCAGCCUAAAACCCCCAGCAAGUCGGCCACAGCUUCUGCUUCUGCUGCCGCUGCGCUCUACAAGACUCCUGCCAAGAAGAGCAAGAAGGCACCCGAGCCUCAGCCUAAUCUGGUGGAGGAGUACUUUGAGGCCCACAGCAGCUCCAAGGUCCUGACAUCCGACCGCACCCUCGAGAGACUUCAGACCCCCAAACUGGACCGGGACACGCUGGUAAGGCUACUGGACGGAAAGCCUUCCUGUUACAACACGGAGAUCAAUCAGCUGAACCAAACCCACGAGAAGCUCUUCAGCAAGUGGAUGUUACAGUUGCAGUUGGGUUUUAACAUGCUACUGUAUGGCCUCGGCUCGAAGAAGUUUCUGCUGGAGAAGUUCCGCACAUCCAUGUUGUCCGACUCCAUCCACCUGGUGGUCAAUGGCUUCUUCCCCAGCAUGACCCUCAAAUCGAUCCUGAAUGCCAUCACCAGUGAAAUUCUUGAGCACGAUGGCACUUUCCGCACACCCAUGGACCAGAUAGACUUCAUUGGGAAAACUUUGAAAGAAGACCCAGACACACAGGUCUACCUGAUCAUCCACAACAUCGACGGCCCCAUGCUGCGCGGAGAGAAGACCCAGCAGGCCCUGGGACAGCUGGCCUCCAUUCCCAGCAUGCACCUGUUGGCCUCCAUAGACCACAUCAACGGCCCGCUUGUGUGGGACCAGUCAAAGAUGAGUCUGUAUAACUGGCUGUGGUACGAGACCACCACCUACCUGCCCUACACAGAGGAGACGUCUUAUGAGAACUCACUGCUGGUGCAGCAGACUGGAGCCCUGGCCCUCAGCUCCCUCACACACGUGUUGCGCAGUCUCACGCCUAACGCCAGAGGGAUCUUCAGGCUGCUGGUCGAGUUUCAGCUGGAGAACAAAGACAACCCCUCAUACACAGGGCUGUCUUUCCAAGACUUCUACCAGCGUUGUCGUGAGGCCUUCCUGGUGAACAGUGACAUCACUCUCCGAACACAGCUGACAGAAUUCAGAGAUCACAAGCUCAUCCGCACCAAGAAGGGUGCUGAUGGCGUGGAGUACCUGCUCAUUCCUGUAGACGCAGGCACUCUGACUGACUUCCUGGAGAAGGAGGACGUGGACUGAGCACUUAUGUGGGGACACCCCCACUUAUGGACUUAAAACUAGCCUUGGCCUGACUACAACAGCGAACAUGUGUCCAUGGAACUGGGCCAACAGAGAGCACCAUGGGAAAAGCUCUACUCUUCACCAUGACAACGAUGCUCUUUCAUUUUGCCAAACAAAUGUCACAUUGCAUUUGAACAGUAACCAGCACAAGACUUAAAUGAAACUCCUUGCAAAAUGACAAGCGUUUGUAGGACUUGAUGUCGUGAUGUCUAGCUCUAGACAGGGCUUGAUGGCAUGGACUCUUGUGAGCUAUCUGUGUGCGAUGAAUGCGACUGGAUGCUGCACUUCAUAAGCCUUCAACAACAGCUCACAUACGGCCAUUUGAAACUGUAGAUUAAUGACGGACAUUAUUGAACCAUGAGCUGAGGAAAAUAACAUUUUGUACUUGUAUCAUUAAAAGAAUCACUUUUGCA